UCUUCCUCUUGAUUCCAUAUGCCAGCUCCAAUCACUAGAAAAGCUCUCAUUCGGGUUCAACCACUUGCACGGUCCAAUUAUGGACGACUUGAAAAAUUGUGUCAAAUUGCAAUACUUGGAUUUGGGCAACAAUUUGUUCACAGGAUGGUCGGUUCCAGAAAUGUCCUCUCUAAGCCAAUUACGGUAUCUACAUCUGAAUUUGAGCGGAUUUUCCGGGACUUUCCCGUGGAAAUCACUCCAAAACAUGACCGGUCUUGUUUGGCUGAGCCUCGGAGACAAUCCUUUUAAUCCUUCUCCAUUUCCAAACGAGGUGUUGCUGCUUACUAACUUGACUUGGCUUUACCUAUCAAACUGCAGCAUCCAAGGUACAAUUCCAGCAGAGAUUGGAAACCUUAACGAGCUAAUCAACUUGGAGCUUGCCGACAAUAACAUGACGGGGAAAAUCCCAGUUGAGAUUGGGAACCUAGUCAACCUGUGGCAGCUUGAGCUCUACAACAAUUCAUUCGCAGGAAAACUUCCUAUCGGUCUAAGAAACCUCACAAAGCUUGAAAUGUUUGAUUUUUCAAAUAACUAUCUUGAAGGCGAUCUAUCUGAGUUGAGGUUCUUGAAUAACCUGGUUUCUCUGCGACUAUAUCAAAACGAGCUAUCUGGCCAGGUACCGGCCGAGUUCGGCAACUUCACGAAGCUUGUGGACCUUUCUCUGUAUAGAAAUAGCUUCACUGGUCCGCUGCCUCAUAACCUUCUCUCCUGGGCUAAAACUAAUUUCAUCGAAGCCUCUGAGAAUUUCUUUACCGGUCCAAUUCCACCAGAUAUGUGCAAGCAAGGUACUAUGAAGUCGCUUAUCGUGUCUGAGAACUAUCUCACCGGUGAAAUGCCAGCAAGUUAUGCCAAUUGUUCCACUUUACGUCGUUUUAGGGUCAACAAUAACUCACUCUCGGGGAAAGUUCCUAUUGGAAUCUGGGGAUUACCGAACAUGAACCUAAUUGAUAUCUCGUUGAAUGAUAUUGAAGGCCCAAUUACAUCUGAUAUCAAAAACGCCAAGUCUCUUACAUACUUAUUUGCAGGAAACAAUCGCUUAUCUGGUGAAUUACCCGCAGCGAUUUGCAACGUUCUUGUCUUGAAAUCCAACAAAUUCCAUGGACCUAUAGGAAAUCAUAACACUAGUGGGGUGUUUUUCUUUAAGCUAAGAAUUCUUGACUUAUCUCACAAUGAGUUUACAGGUCUUUUACCAAGAAAUUAUUUUGAAAAUUUCAAUGCCAUGAUGAUUAAUGAUGAAGGCAGACUUGAACCGCAUUAUAUGGGUGAAAGUUAUACGACGGGUUAUAGUUGUAAGCGUCAAAGUUGUCAAUAUCAAGAUUUCGGUGGUGGUGACAAUGAAAGGGUUGGAAAUUAAACUACAAAGAAUCCUAACCAUCUUCACAACAAUUGAUUUAUCAAGCAACAAAUUCCAAGGAGUGAUUCCAGAAGUACUUGGAAGGCUUACAAUCCUUCGACUGCUCAACCUUUCCCAUAAUAGCCUAACUGGCCAUAUCCCAUCAUCGUUGGCAAAAUUGUCAGCACUUGAAUCCUUAGACCUUUCUUCAAAUAGCCUCACUGGAGAAAUUCCUUUGCAACUAACAGAUCUAACAUUUUUGGCCAUGUUAAAUCUUUCACAAAACCAGCUUAUUGGACCCAUACCUCGAGGCAAACAAUUUGCUACAU